CCGGCCGGGCCCCGGUUUGGAAAUGUGACCGUACACUAACGAUAGGUUCGAAUCUAUGGUUACUGCAGUUUGGUUUUCUUCCUUACGUUACAACAAGAGAAACUGUCAGACGAUAUCAUGACAUUUCUCCACAUGUUCUUUAAGACACAGAGAAGACAGAGAAGAAGAGCGAGAAGAAGACAGAAGAUGUCCCCCGCCCGCGGGAACCCAGGACGAUCCUGCUGCCCAAACUGUCGCUUCGUGACUUCCGAAACGAUGAGUAUUUGUACGGCGAGGAGGGAGAAUAUGAGACAAUUGUCUUGGAGGAGUGGGUCGACAAGUAUGACGGACCCUCAUCAGCCUACUCCCGUCGUCCCUUUCCGACGGAAAGCCACAGCUGGCCCACGGUAGCCCAGCCCUACCGCCACGCGGCCCCUCAGCCCCGCUCCCGCAAGCCUGACCGCCGUCCUUCCGGCAAGUUCGGCCCUAGUGCCAUCGGAAGCACCAGCUCCAUCUUCGGGGAUGGAGGCCUCUUCUCCGCCAUCCGGGGUAUGGGUGACUUCGACAGAGAGAAACCUGCAGCCGCUGCCAUCGUGCACCGCGCAGAGUCGGCAGAGUUUCUGCGCCGUGUGCGCGCUGCGAAAAUCAAAGUUGAAGUAGACAACAUCUCACGCCAUUCCAAGGAGAACGAAGACGAGAUUCUGAAGCGCGCUGUUAAGGUCCAGGAAGAUGGCGCCAACUCACUCAAUUCCGAGGAGACAGAUGAAGUAUACUGGGAUUCUCCAGGGUUUCAGGGCAAGUUUCUCAUCAAGCGUGCUGAAGAUAAAAUUCGCGCCGACUCACUCCAUUCUGAGAAGGGAUCAAUAUACGUAUACGUCAACGGUCCCUGGUUGCCUCUGUGGAAGGUGGAAUACAACGAAUUCUACAAUCCCAACCCGCCUGCGUGGCUAGCUGAAGACGUUGAAGAUGGAGACCCGUUCUUUGACGCGCUGGACGUGCCGAUACAAGAUGUCCAUUCUGAGAGCGGAUCAAUUUACGUCAACGGUCCCUGGUUGCCUCUGUGGAGGGUGGACUACGACGAAUUCUACAACCCCAACCCGCCUGCGUGGUUAGCUGAAGACACGGGAGAUGAAGAGCCGUUCUUUGACGCACUGGACGUGCCGGUACAACUUGUCCCUCAGUACGCAGUCAAGGGACAGCAGCUCGGUCCUGUCCAGGAGUUGGAGCGGCCUCAUCAGUUGCUGAUGGCCCUCAUCAUGUUCGUUAUGAUGGAGUACUUCGUCUCCUUCCAGAUCCUGAUGUCCAGCGUGACAGAAUCGCUUGUAGACGCUAUGACGAGCGUGUUCGCAGUUAUCCGGAUCUACUACGAUAAGAUCAAGCAUCUGAUCCUGCCCUUCAUCCCGUCCGUUGUCAAGGAGUUCAUCAUCUCAGUCUCCGGGCGCACCUGGAUGUGGAUGACCAGAGUGGCUGAGUCAGUAGGAGGCGCUAUGAACAGGGCAUUGGCACUUCUCCAGAGCCACUCCGACAAGUUUCAGCUCGUGGCCAAUAAAAUCAAACAGCUGCUGCAGCCCCUCGUUCCGUACGUCAUGAUGUUCAAGGACUCCGUGGUGUCCAUGGUGGGAUCCGCCCGGAUGAUGAUGGUCAGUGCUGCAGAGUCGGUAGGAGGCGCUGUGAACAGGGUAUUGUCAAGUCUCCAGUAUCAGUAUGACAGGUUUCAGGUCGCGGCCAAUAAUAUCAAACAUCUGAUUCUGUUGUUCAUCCCGCCCGUUAUCCAGGAGUAUAUGGUCUCUUUCUACGGCUCCGUCCGGAUCCUGAUUUUCAAUAUGAUAGAAUUUCUACGGAGCGCUAUGAACAGGGCUUCCCCGUUUGUGAUCAAGUGCAAGGAGUGUGUCCUCUCUAUAUUUCGUUGUAUCUGGAUUCUGAUGAUUAGUAUGAUAGAACUGCUCGCAGGCGCUAUGCACAGGGCGUUGUUAGUGUUGGACUACGCCAUCACCGAUCUCAUGUACCCUAGGCUGAAACAGCUGGUGCUGGCCUUAAUCGCGUAUGUUAUCAGGUUGAAGGAGUGCAUCCUCUCCAUAUACGGUUAUGUCCGGAUCCUGAUUAUCAAACUUGUAGAGACUUUAGUGGUCGCUGUGAAAAGGGUGUUACAAGUGUUGCACUACGUCGGCUACGAUCUGAUGUACACUAGCGUAAAACAGCUGGUGCUGGCCUUCAUCGCGUCUGUUAUCAGGUUAAAGGACAGGAUCAUCUCCUGUAUUCUCUUUAUCCUCAUCAUCAUUUAUCUGACGAGGCGCGCGUAUCAACUUAGAAACCAACAUAGAAACCGGAUGCACUGACGUUACAUUGUUUAUGA